AUGAUUGGAACUCACGAAGAAGUAGGAGCAACAAACUUUGAGAAGUCCAUUGAAGAAGGAACAGCGGGCGAAAAACAAGAUAUAGAACAAAGAGUUGAUAACAGAUUGCAUUAUAGUGAUGAUGAAGCCUUGUUUGAUGUUGAUGACGAUAUUAUGGAUAUAAUUAGAGAUAAUGAGAAUCAAAUCGAGAACUUUGAAACCUUACUUGAUGUUGUGAGCUUUGAGUACACACAAAGAGAUGGUGAAAAAGAGUUUGAAAAGGCAGAAGCAUGUGGUGAUAAAGAUCUGACUUUUGUAUAG